UUGAUUUAGUAAAGCCAGGUAACUAAAACCAUAUAGAUAUAUUUUAUAUUUGUAUGUUUACUAUACACUACAUUAUUUUAAAAAAAGAAACGAGCUUCAGUUAGUGGUCAGACGUUCGACCGUGCACUUGUAAUUUUAUUUUUUCAAAAAAUUUCCUGAGCAAAAAUGCCGAGAGUAAGUAAAAUUUCGCGAGAAGACCGUCAAAGUGGAAGGAUCUAUUUGUGUCGAUCAAAAAAAAGAUCAAACCCGAAUAAAAAAAUAAAAGAUGAGGCUACCACCAAAAGUGCUUCGGCGAAGAAAAUAAAACUAAAUACGAGUGCUAGUGUACCGGAAGAUGUUGAAAAACAUUUUAGAAUCAUAGAUUUUUUGCUUGUGUUUUCAACCAUCGCAAGUUUAGUAAAAUGUGCUCAGUGUGAUGGUUCAAUCGAGUUCAAGAGCUGUAAAAAAGAAGGACUUGGCUUCCAAAUCCAAGUCAAAUGUACAAAUUGUGAUCCACGCUUUAUACCGUCGAGUGAGAAAACUGAUCAUCGCUAUGAAAUCAACACUCGUUUUGCCUUUGUAAUGCGUACAUUAGGUUUGGGUUUAGCAGGCUGCAAUAAAUUUUGCGGGCUCAUGGACAUAGCAAGUAGUUUUCUAUCAAAACAAUCUUAUUUGGAUCUCAUGAAAUCUAUUUGCUGCAGCAUCGAAACGACUGCUGAGAAAUUUCUUGUCUCCGCCGCAGACGAAGAAAAACAGCUAACACGUGCAAAUUCGGAGUCAGACACUUUGACUGUUUCUGGUAAAUUUGCAUCUUAUGUAGCUGCAUGCACAUUCAAUGAAGGUGCUGGUGCUCUUCUAACUUUUCUGUCUGACAUGGACGGCAGUGUCGGCCCAAGCGCUCACGAGUAUGCAUCAUCUACGGACAGCAAUCGCAUUGAUAGGGCCGAGUUCCAAGCUGUGCAGCAGAGCAAAGAAGCCAGAAUAAAACGAAGACUUAAAAAAAAACAGGCUGAAAACAUCGACAAUGCUGAAGGAUGUGUGCUGUAUGGAGCUGGAAUUGAUGAUUCUGUAUAAUUUCCGGCCGAGUUACAGUGAACACCGCAAAUUGUUUUUUUUUUCAAGACGUUCUGGGGGAAGCUCUGUCACGGGCUAAUGGUUUAAUAUUUUUGCAUGAAAAAUUA